AUGGCAUACGGAAUUAGAUUUGUUGGUGGUAUACUCACCUUGUAUUUGUUCUAUGUCUGGACCUUUAUUUGUCCAUUGACUUCAAUUGAUAACCAAACCAACUCAUUAUCCCCCAUCAAUCAUCACUUUUGUUCAUUAAGUAAUAAUUAUAUCAAACCUCAUUUCUAUCCAAUUUAUGAAGAACAUAUUGCUCCUUUAUGGCUUUCUAUGGAUGAAAAAUUUGCUCUUGUGGAUAAAUAUGAUCAAAGUAUUUCUUUUGCCCAUUCAGUUGAUGAAAAAUUUGGCAUCAAUAAUGCCAUUGGUAAAUUCAGUGAAUCUGCUUGUGAUUAUUUACAAAAACUGAUUGAUUAUUUCCAAGAUAAUAUUGCUCCUAAGCUAGUAAGGGCUUUGAAAUUGUUUAUUUUGAAAGCUAGGGUUUAUUGGGAAUUAUUCAAGAUCAAUUCUCAAUAUUAUUCUACUCCUAUUAUUAACCAAUUACAUAAACUUGGACAAUCGAUUAAAUCUGUUGAAUUCAUUGCAAAAUCGAUUGAUUUCAUCAAUGAUUUCUUCAUCAAAUUGGCUACUUCUAAGAAUGCAUUGAAGCUUCAAGAAAAAUCUAAAUUUGUUCAACAAGAAUUUAAGAAUUUGAUCCAUAUGGAAGAAUUCAAUGCUAGUGAGAUCAAAAAUAAUGUCAUGCAAAAAGUCAAAGAUAUUCUUGGAGAAAAUGUAUUUGACAAGGAAGAAGUUGAUGAAUCCGUUGAAGCAGCUGAAGAUGUCACUGAUGUUGAUGACGAUGGAGUCUAUGAUGAAGAAUAUGAUGAUGAAGAACCUGAAACUAUUAUUGUUACGUCUACCAUUGUUGUUACAGAAGGAUCAAAUGCUGUUUCUACUGAUGAUCCUGUUUUGGGUCCAGUUUUACAUGAAAUCAAUUACUGGGAAAUCAAAGUUAACAAGUCAAUGACAUCUGCUAUGAAUAAUUUACAAUCAGAGAUGAAGCCAAUUCUUGAUUCUAUAAUUGAAGAAAUCAAACCAGAAAUCAGUCAAAUUAUGCAAGAUUUACAAAAGGUAAAUGCUGAAAGAUAUUCCAAGAUGAAUAAGAAAAUCGCUGCAAUUACUAAAGACUUCGAAGAAAUGAAAGAAAGUAACGAUACUUCAAUAGAAACUGUCAAUCGUCAAGAAAUAAGAGAUGAUAUUUCGGAAUGUUCUGAAUCUACUCAACAAGAAUCUAAAAGAAUACAAGACAUUUUAACCAAGAGUCAUCAACAAGUCUUGGUCUCAUAUUUCAAAGUUUUGCAAGAAACAAUUGAUAUUUUGGAAACCACUAGUGAGGGAACUAUCAACAAUUUCCAAAAUCAAUUAAAUAAUUUGAUUAAUCAAUUAGAAAUAGAUGACGAAGAAGAAAUCAAUUGGAAAAUCUGGAAGAAAUUCCAUAAAAUUAAAGAAUCAUUGUUUGACUUUAGAGAUUUUUUAUUUAAUUCAGCCAAUGAUUAUAAAGUAGAUAAUAAAGGUAAGACAGUUGUUGGUUUGGAAGAAUGGAACAAGUAUUUGCAAAACAUUGAAGCUCAUUUGAACUUUUUGGUAAGAGAUAACAUUGAAUAUUUGCAAAUAGUUAGAGCCAGGGCUAAUAUUGCAUUCCAAAUGAGAGAAGGUUUGGUUUAUGAUUUGAACAAACUAGAUGAAGAAAAGGCACAAAGGGAACAAGAGCAGGAAAAAGAAGUUGUUGAAGAAGUGCUUGUUGAUGAACAAAUUCAGGAGCCAUUCAAAGCUCCAGAAGACUAUGAAGAACCUGUUGAAGAAUCUGAAGAUGUUGAAGAAUCUGAAGAUGUUGAAGAAUCUGAAGAUGUUGAAGAAUCUGAAGAUGUUGAAGAAUCUGAAGAUGUUGAAGACUUAGAUGGAGAUGAUGUCACUGAACCUAUUCAGGAAGAAGAUGUUGUGAUUGAACAAGAUGUUGAAGAAUCUCCAAUUGAAGAAGAAAUAGAAUACAUUGAGGAAGAAAUCAUCGAUGAUGCCUCAAUUGAUUCCAGUGAAACAUCAAUUGAAUCUGUCGAAGUCAAAUCAGAAUCUACCCCAGAUUUCGGAACCUCUUCCGAAUCAAGUGAUACCCUUGUGAAAUCGGAUUCUCCAGAAGAUGAAGAUGAAGCUGACGACGAAGAAGAAGUUGAUAGUGAUAAUCAUGAAUUUACCAUUGAAGUAGAAGAAGUAUAUGAUGAGAUCAUACUUGAAGAUGAACCAAUUGAAGAUGAAUCUCAAGAUAAGAUAUGA